GUUUUAAGGUUUUGGGCAGCUUUUCGUUUCAGGCAGUUUUUGAAGAACAUGCCAGCAGUGUGGACGGCCCUGGUUUGCUUUGGAUGGUGCAGCUGUUCCUACUAGCUCUUGCAAGCUGGGCAUGCUUAUGCUCUGGUGGGAAGGGUUGGCUCUUAAUAGGAGGAUCCAAACGGCAUUUUUGUGUACAGCAAUCAACUUCCUUUCAUAGUGCUUGUUCUUGAUUGCAGCCAUUGCACAGUUUUUGGUGCAUCAAGCAGGUGGUAUCCAUUGUUUGGAUAUUCAGUGGUCCAAAAGCGUGGUGGCAUUGGUAUUCUUCAGAAUCAUGUCAGACACAACCCUCAAGGAGUCUGAAGCCUCCGAACCUCGGGCUGUAGUUACGGAUCAAGGUUCUUCUGGUCCUGUUGUUGAAGGCCCCACCGAUUCCUCUUUCAGUGAGCACAAUCUUAGCUUCACCACCACAGACCUCAACCUGGUGGAGAUGACAGAAAUAGAAUACACACAGCUUCAGCAUAUACUCUACUCCCAUAUGGAGGCCCAGUCAAAUGAAAACGAAGUGGAAAGUAGGCUAAACUCUAAUUGCUUUUCAACCAACAAUGCUGCAAAUCAAUCCCAAUACUUGUCAUCAUGUAGUAACAGCCAAGGUGGCUUCUCAUCAAACAGCUCUGGAAACCAGUCUCUCUACCCCAUUAUCUGCCAGUCUGGCUUGACUUCUGACAGCAGUUUCAUGGGGCCUAAUCAGUGUCUAGGGCAUAUUGACUUUCAAGAGCUAAGGAUGAUGUUGCUUAGUGAAUCUAGUCUUCCACCAAUCCAAGCUGAAAAAGCACCUAAUGGGAGCUCCGUAGAUACAAACGGGCAAAAUUUAGUAAAAUUAAAACAUAGUGAAACCUUGGGUGGGAUAAAUAAAGAAAAUGUGGUUGCAGAAACUUUAGCAGCAGUUCCUGAAUCCAGAGCCAAAUCUGCAGUCCGUGUUCGGUUAGAAGACCGAUUCAACAGUAUCCAGACUGAAAUUCCCAGGUGCCAAGAAACUCAAGAAACUGGAGUGGCCAUUAACAAUUUAGUGACCCUCAUUCGCCAUCCUUCAGAAGUGAUGGGUGUUCCUCUCCACCAGCAGCAGAAUAAAUGUACUACGUUAGUGAAAAAUAAGACUGCCACUACUGCAACAACUGCAUUGCAAUUUACAUGUCCCAUAUUUACACCAAACGCUGCUUCUCCUGCAACUGGAAACAUGAAUCCUGCACAAACACAGAGCUCUGGAGCCAGUGUUUUAGAAGCAGCCAAACAUCAAGACCUUGGAUUGCCUCGAGCUUUUUCUGUAUGUUAUCAGCAGGAAAUUGAAGCAACGAAACAAACAGUUGGUGCCAGAAAUAAAGCUGUACCUGAACAUGUUUGGAUUAAAUUGGGAGGAGAGGCUUUAUGUAAGCAAACAAUAAACAGAAGAAGUCGUGGUCGAAUCCAUCCCUUGGAUACCAACAUACAGCGCAGACCUCUCGGUGAUAUUCAGAAUGUGUGUGAUAAUCAAAAUGCUGCUCCAGCUCAGAGUUCAUGGCAAGCAGUCCAGCCAUCCCAAAAUACACACAAUGGAAGCCAAGGCAGCGUCUCCCAACGCCGGGAGAGGCACAACCGGAUGGAAAGAGACAGAAGGCGCAGAAUCAGGAUUUGCUGCGAUGAACUGAAUCUUCUUGUUCCGUUCUGCACUUCAGACACUGAUAAGGCAACAACGUUACAAUGGACAACAGCAUUUCUAAAAUAUAUUCAAGAGCGACAUGGGGAUUCCUUGAAAAAGGAAUUUGAAACUGUAUUCUGUGGUAAAACAGGCAGAAGACUAAAAUUAACAAGAUCAGAUCCAAUAGCAACAUGUGCAGCCCAGGAGAUCACCCAGAAUGGUACAUCCAUGGACAUGAAAUAAUUUGAUCUUCAUGUUCAAGAGCCGGUGAAAGGUGCAAGCAUACAAGGUUAUCCGUGAUGUCUACGUCUAAAUUCACCCACUGGUCUUCUCUUAUAAUAUGGUUGAAAAAUAUAUAAACAUUGAAGAAAUGACAAACUUUAUUCAAAACCAGGAAAAAAGAACACAACCAGCAACGUUAAUUCACUAGAGCUUUUCAUUAGCGGCAGGGCAGAAAUAGUGUUCAACAGUAGUAAAUGCUACUCUUCACCCCAUUUCUAUUUUUGAUUUUGUUUUGUCAAAAUAUGUAAUAAUUAAUAUGCUACAUCUGUAGCAACUUGUUCUUUUCCCUCUUGAUAAAUUAAUAGAAUCCCAUGAGAACCAGUUCUGCUAUUGGAGGAAGAAAUUUAAGCAAUUUAUAAACUAUAUAAAAGAUGGUAAUUGUAUAGAGUAACUCAGAUCUGUCUUUCAUUUUCAAAGUUCAUACCCUAUAAAAUUAAAAUCUAUAGAAAAAGCUGUUCACUAUGUGUUACAAAUACAGUACUAUUUUAAAUAUGUUUUGCACUCUUUCUGACAAUGUCUCAUACAGGAAAAAGUGAAGGAUUUUUUUUUCUUUUUGCACAAAGAUCCAUUUAAAUGGAUGGAAGAAAUACAGCGGUAAGCUUUGAUGCAAAUCUCAUCGAUUUCCGUGGUGUUUUAUGUGACAAUACCCAUUCAGCUAUAUCCUUUCAGUGCAAAAGUGGUAUUUUGUAAAAAUACAUGGUUUUUAAGUGCACAUAUUUUUUUCCUUUCAUUUUUUUAAAGACAACUAUUAGAUAUAUCUGUUAGGAAAGCUGAAGUAUUUAGCAUAUUUAAUUGACAGUGGCUUUAUCAAAACAGAUGAUGCUAGUAGGUAUUCUUAUACAGAACUUAUCGCAAAAUAAAUACUGUUUAA